GUUUCUUAUCGCUCGGUUACCCACAGAACCACUCUCUUGUUCAUCCAUGCUUUAGCCUGCUGUGUCACAAUGUCAGUUCCCGGGGCAUGGCCCUCGAGCCCGGCGAAACUCACCUUGGAAGCUUGGUCGCAAGGCUGUAUGAUUGGGGCUUUGAUCAUCAUGAUUGGUAUCACCUUAGCUAAUAUGCGGCGCGGCGUCUUGUUACAUAAACUUAUCUUGAUCGAGCUCCUUCUGGCGAUGCCAAAUGGAUUCUUUACCUUUUUCGACCCUCCGGCCUGGGGAUGGUAUCUUUCCUCGACUGUUAUUUUCCUCAUCAUCUCAUGGAAUCUGCAUAACGUCAUCGCCUGGAUGAAGAACAAGCCCUUCCUUUCAAAGCGAAAUAAUGCUUUAUAUAUUGGCACUAUUGUACUAGUCCAACCCUACUGGGUCCUCGAGAUCUAUGCCAACUUCAUCUACUUUAACACUCCUGAUAAUCAUCUUUUCGCCUCAACCCGACCGCUUGAGGCCGUCUGCCGCGAUCCUUGGUGGAUCUUUACGGCCAUCAACCUUUUCUGGAAUAUAAUAUACCGUUAUGAGUUCAGGCCUCUAGAAAUUAUCCGCAUAUCCCCCCGUUUCGGUCUUUUACUAUUGAGCAUGUCUCUCAGUAUCAUCUUCAUCAUUGUCGAUCUUCUCUCCGUCACCCCUGUUAUCCCGAUUGGCUAUAUCAAUCCAUUUUGGAAAUUUGCAUUUAUCUUCAAAUGCUUCACCGAUACGAUCAUUCUAGACGACUUCAAAACCGCACUAGAUAAGCUAAGUCGGUACAAAAUGGAUCAGAACUAUCCGCUUCCUUUUAGCAGACCUAGCAGUCGGAUACAGAACCAGAUGCCAAGGCCAAGCGUGGAAAUCUUCCAUGAUAGCUGCUGUCCUGAAAGCUUGGGCGUGACAGUUGAGCAUUUGGAAGAGGCCGACGAUUCUAUAAUUCCUGCUCCGGCACGAGUAAUGAGGAACCCCAAUGCUGGGAUUUUAGGCAAAACGCCUUCAUAACGCCCCAGGAUCACCUAUGGUAGCGGAAUCACGCUCAACCUCGCUAGAAAGUUUAGCAGAAAUGCCAUUGCCUUCAUUCUCUGACCGAAAUCCAUGUGGUGAUAUGAGCCACGCUGCCGGGGAUAAUGAGAUAUGUGUAGUCUCGACCAAUGAGCUGUACUGUGUGAACAAUGGUUAAGAUCAUUCAAGGCGGAUUGUGCACCAGAUUCGUUAUACCAGGGAAGAAGCGCCAAUGCGAGUUCAAAUGUAGCAUUUGAAGGCAACUUGAGUGGACUGCGAAAUGAUGAGAACGAGCUGUAAACGAAACAAAGCCUGGUCUCGAAUAUUAGCCUGAAGAUGUCUAGGAAAUCAACUCCAGCUCUGACUCGGAUGUCUUGGAUACAGAAAGCGAGCUCGACACUGAUUACAACAAACUCACCGGUGCUUUUUUGGAAUCAGAUGUCUACUCAGCCAAGCGUUUCUUGGAGAGGAACUGGGGAUAUACAUGCGAUUGCAAAGGAGGGCGAGAAGAAAACGAAGCAGAACACGCCAACUGGUGUGAACAGCAAAGAUAUCGUCUACUGGAUAUGACCGAGCAAUGGCGGAAAAUUGCGGUACCAGAUUCAAUUGUUUACGCAUCCCCCCUCAUACUGAGGUAAUAAAAACGACCCUGCUCAGCUAGAUUGGUACUCGAUCUUGAGCGGUGGAGAUAACCGUCUAGAAUUAGAUAACCAAGUAUCCCAGAGAAGCACCCCUGAUAUUCAACCUACCUGGGAUUCGGAUUGCAUAAUUUCCUGGGAUUUCCGCCAAAUUUUCCUGGUCAGGUCUUUGGUAGUAAAUGGAGGUCCAGGGCGUACAGAAGCUGGUCACUGCAACAAACACGAGCAUAGCAGUGAGAAGAAGCCGAGAAUCCGGUGAUGUAAGAAGCUUCUUAACUUUACUAGGAGCGGCUGAGACAUGGCCGAAAUUAUGGCGUGCAAAGCGCCCUACACUCUGUCGAACCCGUUUGGUAGUGCAGGAAGCUGGACCCAUGGUCGCUAUCAACUAAGGAAGGUCUAUCAUGUAUUGUGCGGGGAAUGAGGGAUUUAAGAAGUAGAUGAAGCAAUUUGUAUGGUCAAGAAUCAUUUGAUCAAAUUGCGUGCCAAUAAUAUUGAUCAGUGCG